AUGUAUCAAUUUUCUUCAAAUUCUUCACAGUCUGUAGAUCAAUUUAACUUCGAAGUUCAUCAAAAUUCUUUUGAAUAUCCGAAUAAUCCUAGUACCAGUAAUGGCUAUCAGAAUAUGAUGUAUUUUGAAAAUCAACAAUUUUUUGAUAAUGGUUAUUCGGGUGGUCUGAUUUUACAUCAAGAUGAGAUCAGUUUCACUGAUCCGCCACCACCAACAUCUAGAAAAUCGAUUAAGAAAGAGGUUGAGCUUAAUUUUGAGCCUGAAAGGCUUUUGAAAAAUGUUGAAGUGAAAAUUGAAGUCAUGGAUGAAGGAGUUGUUGAUGAGUUCAAAAAAUUGGAAAUUCCGAAAGAAUGGGUGGAAGAGGAUAAAUAUGUCACUGAAUAUUUCAAUUUUGAGGAAUUGCAGUCUGUGAGUUUUGGGAGAAGGAAGGGAUUUUCUGGGAAAAGAGGUUUGAGAGAAGAAAUUCUGGAAAUUCCGAAAUUUCGGGAAUCUUUUUCAAUUAUAGCAUUUUUGAACUUGACCAGUUUCCCAUUUAGAUUCAGAUUCGGAUCAUGA